GCGAUGCGCCCCUCCCCCGCAUGAGCGCCCGGGGCAUGGCCGGCGCCGAGGGCUCGCCGGAGGGCCCGGCCCUCGGCGGCGUCGACCCGUUCGAGCAGGCCAGGAAGGCGCUGUCCCUGCGGACCCCGUUCGAGGGCGAGGAGACGGCGUCCAGGGCGCCCACCCUGCCCGCGCGCCUCGUCAGCUGGUCGGGGCCCAGCGACAGGCGGAAGAAGCACAAGAAGCUCGAGCUCCCGGACGCGGCCGCCGAGGAGCGCCCGCCGCAGCUCAACGCGGCGGCGCUCUCCUCCGGGAAGAAGGGCGCGUGGGACCACUUCGAGGCCUAUUUCAGGCCGGUCACCAUGGGCGACGUCGAAAUGUUGACGCCCAAGCUCCCCUUCGCCCACGGGAAGCUCGACCCCUGCCUCGCCAUCCCAUUCCUGGGCACCACCGAGGACUUGCUGGACCAAGGCGAGACGUUUGAUGUCGCUGUCGCCGAGACGAGCUCCUACCUGGGCGUGGGCGGCGAAGAGGUCGUCAGUACCAAGGAGCGCAGUGGGCAGACCAUGGAUUUUGUCAGUAACAUGAGCGUGGAGCAGGGCAUACAUGAUGUGGUCGUGCAGCAGCUGGUUACUACCGGAGAGCGUGGUGAGCAGAGCCUGGAGCAGCGCUUACAUGAUGCUGUUGUGAAGCGGGAGUGGCCAAUGGAAGUGGAGCAAGGUAGUAGCAGCGGCGGCACCGCGUCACCAGCAUGUGCAGAUGAGGCAGGCACAUCGCUGCAUUGGCUGCUAGGAGCAAGGCAGCGAGUUGUGCUCACUUCUGAGAGGCCAAACAAGAAGAGGAAGCUCAUAGGUGUGGAUGCUGGGUUGGAGCAGCUUGUGCUGCUUCCACGCCUGGGAUCUCAGGCUGGGACGAUGUGCGAUGUUUGCUGUUUGGGAGAGACUGAAAUGGCGUCCAAUAGGAUGCUUUGCUGUAAUAACUGCAAGGUUUCCGUGCACCAGUGGUGCUAUGGUUUGCAUGUUGUGCCAGAUGGCCAGUGGUUGUGCACUUGGUGCAAGUAUGUGAAGUCGACAGGGUGCUCAUUGAAGAAAGAUGCAGGCAUCACCCUUUCAAUGCCGUGUUUGCUAUGCCCAAAGGAGAAAGGGGCCCUAAAACCUGUAAUAGGGGAGCCUAGUCGAACUGCAGAUGGAGGCAACCUAAAAUUCGCACACUUGUUUUGUACUCUUUGGAGGCCAGAGGCUCUUGUGGAGGACAUGGAUUCAAUGGAGCCUAUUACAAAUGUUGGAUGGGUGCAAGAGAAUCAGAGGAAACUGGUGUGUAACAUUUGCAAGGUUAAGCAUGGUGCAUGCAUUCGAUGCAGCCAUGGGGCCUGCCGGACAGCCUUUCAUCCUAUAUGUGCACGAGAGUCCAAGCACCAAAUGGAGAUAUGGGGAAAAUUUGGACUUCCUAAUGUUGAGCUGAGAGCGUUUUGCUCAAAGCAUUCUUCAGUUGGAUAUGUCAACUCUGUAGGGAAAGGUAAUAAUGCAUCUGAGCAGAGUCCUACAGAAGUGAGGCUGAAUGAUGCAAAUCUCGGCAGUGGAAAGAUACCAAAACUGAGAUUCACACGCAAGAAAAAGGACAGAUCCUUGAACCAUGAAACCAGUAGCUUUAACCCUGAUAAUCUUAUCAAAGUAGAGACGAUGGAGCAUGGUGCUUUGCCCCAUAAGGUUAGAAAUUUAAAUGCUCAAGCAACUCGAAGUAUGGAAAUUGAUACUGAUCAUCCCUCAGUUGGUGAGAAUCUUAUGAGAAACUCUGGUGAUAUUGCUAUGGUGCUUAAAAAGCUAAUCGAAAGAGGGAAUGCUAGCGUGAGUGAUAUAGCAUCCGAAGUGGGUAUUUCUUCAGCAUCCUUGGAAGCUGCUCUCGUGGGUGAAACCACGACCUUUUCCCAUGGGUUGAAGUUGAAAAUCAUCAAGUGGCUUCAAAAAUCUGCACAUAUACUAGCUGUUCAAGCUCUUAAAGGGAGCUCAGAUGUGGUGCAAGAUAACAAACUAGAUGGGUCUGACAGUACAGAUAGUGGCAAUGUGAAGAGUUCAUUAGUCCUAGAGGACAAAGGAGCUACAUUUGAGAUGUCAGAUUCUGCUGUACCAAAACCCUCAUCACCAAGAUCUAAAGAUAAUGACAAGAUUCUUGAAGAAGAGAAGGCAAUACGUUCAACUGGAACUACUUUUGAAAAUGGAAAAAAGAACGUAGUUAAAGGAAGUGCUGAUCGUGAGUAUUUUCUUGCUGAAGAUCUUGCAAAAGAAUAUACUGGAAAUUUGUCCCUAAUUGGAGGCAAGGAUACUGCAAAGGAAGUAGAUGAAAAAUUGAUAUCAAACAGCAGCUCUGGCAAUAAAGUAUUUGAUACUUCCAUGGAGAUACCAAAUCAACUUCAAGGUACAUCACUUAGAAGGAAAAGUAACGACUUGACUGAGGCUGAACUUGGCUCGGAAGUGGAGGAGUGUGUAUCUUCAUUGGAUAAAACCUCUUCUUGGGGUGAUAAUGCUAAACAUGGGUCAGAUUCAGUUGAAAAUGGCGUAUGCAAUCAUCAUGAUUGUAAUAUGGAUCACGUUCAUGGACAGCCUUUUUUGAACUUUGAUGAUUCUCAUUCUUACAUUCAUCCAUUUAUCAAGACAAAGAUUGCUCAUCUUUGGAACCAUGAUUUGAAGCAGAAUAAGCAGACACAGUAUCAUCCUGAAGAGCAAUUAUGCUCUUCCGAUGAGAAAAGACCUGUGGAUUCCUCAGUAGAACUUACGGAAACAACAGGAAUUGAUGUGACAGAUCAACUUUCUAAGGCAAAAGCUCUGGGAAUCCUUGAUCAUUCGCCUGAUGAUGAAGUAGAAGCAGAAAUGUUGUUCUUACAAGCUAGUCUGCUUGACAAUGCUAUGGUUCUGAAGCAUAGAUGCGAAGACUUAAUAGUAAAGGUUGUCCAGAAUCUUUCUUGCGAGUUGGAUGUUUUCAGUAAAAGAAAAUGGGACUUCAUCCGUGUCAAUCAGUUUCUUCGUGACGUUAGAGAAGCUAAGAAACGUGGCAGAAAAGAGAAGAGACAUAAAGAAGCCCAGGCUGUACUAGCAGAAGCUGCCGCUGCUGUUGCAGCCUCCUCGCGUAACUCCACUGUGAGAAAAGAUGCAAAUGAUGAUGUACUCCGUCGAGAGAGUUCUCCGAAAUUUGGUGCUGGAUCUUCAAGAGUUGCCCAGCGGACUCCUUCAUUACCACGGCCCAAGGAUUCAUCAAAGCCAUCCAACAGCAAAGUCUCACAAGUUACUAACUCCGGCAUUUUUCAUAUGCCAAUUUACUCAAAAGAAAAUGCACUCUACUGUGAUGUAUGCUUGCGGGGUGAAACUGUGUUGAACCGAGUAUCUGUCUGCUCCGGAUGCAAGCAGGCUGCUGUCCACAUAGAUUGCUAUAAAUAUCUAGAGAUAUGCAUUGGCCGCUGGAAAUGUGAACUUUGUGAAGAUAUUUCACCAGAAGAUGCUAGCUCUAGUGAUCAAUCUGACAGUAAUGGCACAAAAUUAUCCCUGGUACGAUGUGCUCUGUGCCAUGGAACAUCUGGUGCUUUUAGAAAGACUAUAGAUGGGCAGUGGACUCAUGCGUUCUGUGCUGAGUGGUUGUUGGAGACGAAGUACAUGAGAGGACAAGAUGAUCCAGUGAGCGGAAUGGAAACCCUUGUAAAGGAGAAAGAUACUUGUUGCGUCUGCAACAUCAAAGUUGGUGCGUGUCUCAAGUGCAACAGUGAGGACUGCCACACCACUUUUCAUCCUUCUUGUGCUAGAGAUGCUGGUUUCUACAUGAACACUAAAGGAUUUGGGACUGUGGCGCAGCACAAGGCAUACUGUGGCAAACACAGCAGCGAGCAGAAAGAGACUGAUGCCUGGAAGUACUGGCCCGAGGAAGUCAAUAGCUUGAAAAGGACGAGGGUUGAGUUGGAGAAGUUCCGCCUCUUAUGUGAGAGGGUAAUUAAGAGAGAGAAGGUGAAGAGAGAGACAGUUCUGUGUGACCAUGACAUACUCGCCAAAACCAAGGAUACUGUUGUUUUCUCCUACCGAACACCCGGAGCUAGUUCAGAAUCUGCCACUACUUCGGUUAAUAAUAAAUCAUGCAGUGGAACCAUGCAACGAUCUGAUGAUGUCACGGUGGAUAGCAGUAUUUCUGGGAUAAAUACCGUCAGAUUUUCCCUUAAUAACAGAGAUGCUGAGGGAAACACAGCUGAUAGCUCAAGGACACUGAUAUCUUUCAAACGGAAGUUCAGUGAGAGGGGGCCACUUGCUGGUAAGCGACUUCCACAAAGAUCAGUGAAUGCCCUACUGAAAUUGGAAGAUGGAAAACAAAAAACAAAAGAUAAUAAGCAGGCAGAAACCUUUCAAAAGGAGCUGGUUAUGACAUCUGAUCAAGCGUCCACACAGAACCAACGCCUUCCAAAGGGAUAUGCAUAUGUACCCCGUGAUUCUCUUUCUAAAGAGAAACCAUGGAAACGAAAUACACAGACCCAUGAACCACAAGAGCCUGGUGGAUAGGGAUAGCUGAAAUUCACAAAAAAUUUGCAUGCCUAGUGUUGUCAACUGAAAAGCACAAGCAUCAAGCAGUGCUGGCCUGUGCUUUUGCUGCAAGGAUUACCAAACUAAUUGGAAUCAAGGUGUAGAAUGAUGCAAACCAAACUAGUUGUGAAUGAGUGUUUGGUAUGGGCUGGGGUGACUUGGAUGAAUGGAAACAUAGGUGCAAUUCACCUAGCAGGGCUAUACAAAGACGCCUGUCACCUGUGUAUAUAGAUUUGUUUUUUAGAGUACAGAUUUUGUAAUUUUUCCUUGUACAUUCCUACCUUUUACAAAUGCAUAGUUUAGUUAUGCAAAAGAGAGUGAGAAUCACCAUUCCUUUUUGGCUGUAGAAGAAAAUAAGGGACCUGGAAUGACUGCUGGGAUGGCAUUCCACCUGUGAUUGGGAGGACGCAUUUGGUAAUAUCUAUCUAACAAGAUCUGAUUCAUGUUAUUUGUAGGAAUGGAGACAGUGAAAGCAGUCCGAUAGACUGGACCAGCUACUAAUGUUGAGCAGGCAGUUACCGGUGAGAGCCGGUAUAGCACAGGCCAAGAUUGGAUUGGUCCUUUUUGUGUUGAUUGGUAUCAGAUGGUCGUCUGAUGGAACCAGUAGGCUUUUGUAUAUAUAUUAUUCUAGGAUUAACAUGAUUUAUGCUGACAACAGCAAAGGGGAAGUUAACAUGGUUACCAGAUUUUCCAGUUAUGUGCUGGGAUUCAGAUAUUUUGGUCUGAGACAGGUGUUUUCCGCUUGCCGUCCAGAUUUGUAAGUUUGGUCAAAUGUGUUGGCUUGUCCUGCAAGCUGCACUGGCAAUGUAAAGGCAUUUGUUCAGUUUUGUAAUGGUAACUGUUGCCAUUAAUUGUGCUUGAA